AGCGUGUCGUUCCAUUCCGAUAGCGGUCUGCUCGGGACGUUUACUCUGCUAACGGACUGAAAUAGGUUAGAAAAUGCGGUCCCCGGCUUAUAGAAGUUGUGGAUGUGGAAGAGCAAGAUAACGGCGUGUUCUGCGCGAUGUUGUCCUCCACUGGACGGGCGUUUUAAAAAUAAUUUCUCCGCAUAUUUUCGAAGGAAGCUCUCAGGCUCAUGCGGUACAAGGUAACGGAGGUAACGGAGACAACGGACACCAGCCUGGCAGCUCUGCGGCUGCAGUGCGAUAAGCUAACCAGCUAGCUAGCCAGCAUAGCGCGUUUGCCAGGAGGAAGGUGAUUUUGUGAAGAUGGCCUGCAAAAGAUGAGAACGAUGAAGCCCACAAGGAGCCUGAUGCUGGUGCUUUGUCCCACUCUGGUGCUGGGCUUCCUUUACUACUCCUCUGGGAGACUGCAUCUGCGGACCUUGGGGCAGAAAUCACAGGGCGACGUGGAUAGCUUACUCUUCGUGGGACGUGUAGUAGCAUCAGUGUAUGACAAGCAGGGAUUCCUCAUCAAGCUUGAUGGAAAACUGCCCUUGGAGCUGCAGUAUAAAUAUGGCAAUCUGAGUAAAGGAGAAUGCAAGCCCGGCUACUCGGAAGCCAAGAUGACCUCAAUCUAUCCAAAGUUCGUCAAACCAGUCCCCAUGUUCCUCGAGCCAAAUUUUAAACGGCUAGCGAAGAUAAGCAGUUACCCGCCUCCUUUCGGCAUAAAAACACAAGAAAAGAUCAUCGAUGUUAUUUUAGCUGAGACAAAGAACUACGGACUGGGACCUGAACUGGACAGUUUGAGUUGUAAAAGGUGUAUUAUCAUUGGGAACGGAGGCAUCCUCUCCAAUAAGUCCUUGGGCUCCAAAAUCGAUGAGUAUGAUGUGGUCAUAAGGUUGAACGAAGCUCCCGUAAGUGGCUUUGAGAAGGACGUAGGCUCCAAGACCACCAUGCGUAUCACCUAUCCAGAGGGAGCCAUCCAGAAACCCGAACGCUAUGAGAAAACAUCACUGUUUGUCUUCUCUGCCUUCAAACCGCUGGAUUUCAGAUGGCUCAGACAGAUGGUGUUCAAGGAGAAGCUUCGUGGAACGGAAGGGUUCUGGAAGUCAGUGGCACGGAGUGUGCCGAGAGAACCAGAGGACAUGCGGAUCCUGAACCCAUACUUCAUCGAGGAGGCAGCAUUCAGAUUCAUUGGCCUGCCAUACAACAACGGCCUCAUGGGACGAGGGAAUAUUCCGACGCUGGGGACAGUGGCAAUUACAAUGGCUCUGCAUAACUGCGAUGAAGUGGCGGUGGCAGGUUUUGGGUACGAUAUGAGUUCUCCCCGCGCUCCGCUGCAUUACUAUGAGAAGCUCAGGAUGUCCGCCAUCAAGGAGUCAUGGACACACAAUAUAUUGAAAGAGAAGGACUUUCUGCGUAAACUGGUGACAGCUGGAGUCAUUCAGGAUUUGACCAAUGGGAUAUGAAACCGUCACACAGAGCCAAGAGAGAUCGGACAUCGGAGACUUAUCAUGGCGACUUGCUCCUGCACUUUGAAUCGACGAUCAAGUAGUUGGCUUGACCGCUUGUUUUUAAGGAUUCCAAGUCUGAAUCAUUUCCACUCUACUUGUCACUGAUCUUAAAGCCAUUGGAUAAGAUACGCCAUAAUAUCUAAGAUGCUUUUUGAGCUUUUCUGUAGGACAUUUUCAUUGGAUGCGAUUUGGUUUGAUGGAAAUGGCAUUUAGCUUGACAAAGUAAAAUCCCAUUUUUCCAGUGAAGACUUCCAAAGGAAAUGCUCAAGUUGCACCAUUGAUAUUACUGUGUUGUAAUGUGGCGUAUGUCUGACAGGUGUGUUGAAAUCCACUCCGUUCAGAUUUGCCAUGGAGUAAUGACUUUGCUGUUACCAGGGACAUUUGCUUAUAGUUGUGAAAGAAGAAAAAGAAAAGUUUGUCUGUGCCAAACCUAUAGCAGCUUCGGAGGAUGCGCUGCCCUGGGGGCUGUUUAACAAAAGCAGGAUUUCUGCAGCUCAACAUGGCUUGUUCAGUAGAAAAAGAGGGAAGGAGUGUUCUGGCUGGACAGUCCUCACCACUGGAUUAAAGGAAUACUCUAGCAUUUUUUUUUAAACCUAAUCUCUAUUUGCGGCGUCUGUAGCAUACAGUCCAUUACCAUGACAGUAAUUCUGAUUUCAGAUAGAAAUCACCUAGUAGAAGCUGAAUGGCAGAUGCUCAAACAACUUUAGUGUAUUUUGAGUCAACAGUUUGCUUCAGCGGCUGCUCGUUGGCUUCUAUAAUAAGUGAGUUUGAAAUCAACAGGUUUUCUGUUCUUUUCUGAGUUCAGGGAGAGGCACAGUGUUAUCUGUUGUAAAAAAUUGUAUUAUCCACCUUUACUGAGAAAAUCUUGCUUUGUGAAAUAUCUCCCUGUUCGUCUGCUGAAUGUAUUCAGUUACAAUCCAAUCAGAGAGAGGGAGAGAGAGGGAGAGAGAGGGAGAGAGAGGGAGAGAGAGGGAGAGAGAGGGAGA